AUGGUUUAUACAAUCUCAGGAAUUCGGUUUCCCGUUGUUCCUUCUCUGCACAAGUCGACCUUCCGCUGCAAUCACAGAACUUCAUCUCACUCUUUUCUUCUCAAGAAGAACUCGUCAUUCUCUCGGACCUCACUUUAUGCAAAGUUUUCCCGUGAUUCUGAAACCAAAUCUUCCACAAUUGCUGAAUCUGAUAAAGUACUUAUUCCUGAAGAUCAAGAUAACUCUUUAUCCUUGGCAGAUCAACUUGAAAAUCCUGAUAUAACCUCAGAGGAUGCACAGAACUUGGAGGAUUUAACCAUGAAGGAUGGGAAUAAGUACAAUCUUGAUGAAGCAGCUAGCAGUUAUAAAGAGGUUGGAGAUGAGAAAGGUUCUGUUAUAGCAUCAUCACUUGUAGAUGCUAACACCGACACUCAAGCCAAGAAGACAUCGGUUCAUUCAGACAAGAAAGUAAAAGUAGAUAAACCUAAGAUCAUACCUCCACCCGGUGCUGGGCAGAAAAUAUAUGAGAUUGAUCCACUUUUGCAAGCUCACCGUCAGCAUCUUGAUUUCCGUUAUGGACAAUACAAAAGAAUUCGGGAGGAAAUUGACAAAUAUGAAGGUGGUCUUGAUGCAUUUUCGCGUGGGUACGAAAAAUUUGGCUUCACACGCAGUGCUACAGGCAUUACAUACAGGGAGUGGGCACCUGGAGCUAAGUCAGCAGCAUUAGUUGGAGAUUUCAACAAUUGGAAUCCAAAUGCAGAUGUAAUGACUAAGGACGCUUUCGGUGUAUGGGAGAUCUUCUUGCCAAACAAUGCCGAUGGUUCACCACCAAUUCCUCAUGGUUCUCGAGUCAAGAUCCACAUGGAUACUCCCUCUGGGAUCAAGGACUCGAUUCCUGCUUGGAUCAAAUUCUCUGUACAGGCUCCUGGUGAAAUUCCAUACAACGGAAUAUACUAUGAUCCUCCAGAGGAGGAAAAAUAUGUCUUCAAACAUCCACAGCCAAAACGACCACAAUCAAUUAGAAUAUAUGAGUCACACAUUGGAAUGAGUAGCCCGGAGCCAAAAAUCAACACGUAUGCUAAUUUUAGAGAUGAUGUACUACCUCGCAUUAAAAAGCUUGGCUAUAAUGCUGUCCAGAUUAUGGCUAUCCAAGAACAUUCUUAUUAUGCUAGUUUUGGGUACCAUGUUACUAAUUUCUUUGCACCCAGCAGUCGGUUUGGAACUCCAGAAGAUCUUAAGUCUCUGAUAGACAGAGCCCAUGAACUAGGCCUCCUUGUUCUGAUGGAUAUUGUACAUAGCCAUGCCUCAAAUAAUACAUUGGAUGGCCUGAACAUGUUUGAUGGAACUGAUGCUCAUUACUUCCAUCCUGGUUCACGGGGUUAUCAUUGGAUGUGGGAUUCUCGCCUUUUUAACUAUGGAAGCUGGGAAGUACUAAGGUACCUACUUUCAAAUGCAAGAUGGUGGUUGGAUGAAUAUAAGUUUGAUGGGUUUCGAUUUGACGGCGUCACAUCAAUGAUGUACACUCAUCAUGGACUGCAGGUAUCUUUUACUGGAAAUUUCAGUGAGUAUUUUGGUUUAGCAACUGAUGUUGAGGCUGUGGUUUACAUGAUGCUUGUUAAUGACCUCAUUCAUGGGCUCUUCCCUGAAGCUGUUUCAAUUGGUGAAGAUGUGAGUGGAAUGCCAACAUUCUGCCUUCCGACGCAAGAUGGUGGGAUUGGCUUUAACUACCGCUUGCAUAUGGCUGUUGCAGACAAGUGGAUUGAGCUUCUUAAGAAACAAGAUGAAGAUUGGAGAAUGGGUGAUAUAGUCCACACACUGACAAACAGAAGGUGGCUGGAAAAAUGUGUGGUUUAUGCUGAAAGUCAUGACCAGGCCUUGGUUGGUGACAAGACACUAGCAUUUUGGUUGAUGGACAAGGAUAUGUAUGACUUCAUGGCUUUAGAUAGGCCAUCUACUCCUCUAAUAGAUCGUGGUAUAGCAUUACACAAAAUGAUUAGGCUUAUUACUAUGGGCCUUGGUGGUGAAGGGUAUUUGAAUUUUAUGGGGAAUGAAUUUGGACAUCCUGAGUGGAUCGAUUUUCCAAGGGGUGAGCAACAUCUUCCUAAUGGCAAAAUAGUUCCUGGGAAUAACAACAGUUAUGAUAAAUGCAGGCGUAGAUUUGACUUGGGUGAUGCAGAUUAUCUAAGAUAUAAUGGAAUGCAAGAAUUUGAUCGAGCUAUGCAGCAUUUAGAAGAGAGAUAUGGUUUCAUGACUUCUGAGCACCAAUAUAUUUCACGUAAAAAUGAAGGUGACAGAGUUAUAAUCUUCGAAAGAGACAACCUGGUCUUUGUCUUCAAUUUUCACUGGACCAACAGUUAUUCAGAUUACAAGGUUGGCUGUUUAAAGCCAGGGAAAUAUAAGAUUGUCUUGGAUUCAGAUGAUACCUUAUUUGGUGGCUUCAAUAGGCUCAAUCAUACUGCUGAGUACUUCACCUCUGAAGGGUGGUAUGAUGACCGGCCUCGAUCUUUCCUUGUUUAUGCACCUUGUAGAACGGCAGUGGUGUAUGCCCUUGCGGAUGGAGUUGAAUCAGAGCCAAUUGAACUGUCAGAUGAAGUAGAACCAGAGCCAAUUGAGCAGUCAGUUCAAGUUGAAUCAGAGCCAACUGAGCUGUCAGUUGAAGUUGAAUCAGAGCCAAUUGAGCUGUCAGUUGAAGUUGAAUCAAAGACAACUCAACAGUCAGUUGAAGUUGAACCAUGA